AUGAUGGUUUCCCACAAUGCUUCUGCUGGUCCACCGCCGCCCCAGCACUAUGCACCGCCUCCACCGAGGCAUGAGAAGAGCGAAAAGGCAAAAAUGUUGAAUGAGGAGCCCUUCCACCCUUUCGAUAGAGAACUCGUUGCGGAGCGCGAGAAGUGCAAGAGCGCUGUGUAUCGCUUCAACAACACGAACAACCCUCAUCUAAAGAUAUCUCCCGAUGAAGUGGAGCGGAACUUUCGGUCGAUCCUGGCAGCAAGCUGGACCCAGACUUUUGGUGGCAACGCACCUACAGGGCAUUUAGGUAAACCAGUCGUCGUCGAAACACCGUUCUAUUGCGACUACGGCUAUAACAUUCAUAUUGGCAGCAAUGUGGCCAUAGGAAUGGACUGCAAGUUUCUGGAUUCGGGUGAUAUCACGAUUGGCGACAAUACGACCAUUUGUGCGAACGUGACGAUCGAUACAGUGAAGACACCAAAUGACCCAAGAAGUGUCAAGGGUUGCGGCCCGUAUCGCACCUCGACGGCCGCAAAAGUCCACAUUGGCAGAAAUGUAUGGAUUGGAACAAACUGCCUCAUCCUUGCUGGCGUCAGUAUCGGUGAGAACGCCACAGUCCACCCCGGGUCUGUCGUCGUCCGAGAUAUUCCCGCCGAACGCCAUGCGCGCGGCCCUCCCGCUGACUAUGUUUAA